AUGAGCAACGCCGGCAACCCACAGAGACGCACCACCUACCUCAUCUCCCUCACUCUGGUGAAGGUUGAGGCUGUGCCAGAGGAUGAUGCAGAGACCCAGAAGGAGGCUCUUCCAGAGGGGGAAGGGAGCCCCAAGAAGAAGAUAGAAGAGGAGGAGGAGGAGGAGGAGCAGGAGGAGGAGGAGGAGGAGGGGGAGGAGGGGGAGGGAGAGGAGGAGACGGAGGAGGUUAGAGAUGUCCCUGAAAAGGACGAAGGACUUGUAUGUGCGGAAGUGGUGGGAAAAGAAAUCGCACAGGUGGAAGAAGAAUAUGUGGAGCAGGUGCCGGUCAAGUAUGGAACCCCCACUGAGAGCAGAAGGAAACCUGAGUGGAGGGAAACGUACAGACACCAAAAAGACACUUUACCAGCAACUGGUAAAAGCAAAGACAGUUAUCACAUACAUGCACCUGUUCGGCAAAUGGUCAAAGUGUACGGAGGAACUUCCUCUGAGGGAACUUUCCGCAGAGAGGGGCCUCGCUCAGACGCCUUGCGCCCUAAGACCGAGCUCUACCGGGAGCCCCCCAUGCUCUACCUGAAGGGAGAAAAUGGAGCAGACCUGAGCAGCCGCUCACGUUGCAGCCUCCCGUUUUCCAUCCCUCCGCAGGUUGGCCAGCGCCCUGAGGUCCUGAUGAGGCCUCAUGCAGGAGGCAACUCUGCAGCCUGGAGGGAGCUCAGAGAGGCCAACAGCAGCCUGUACCACUCUGCUAAGACUUUGGACCGCAGGGACAACCGUGACCAUUCCGCCCUAAUGGCAGCUACAACUCUGGGGCCUUACCGGGCGUCGUGGGCCGACAGCGAUGGCAGGGGCACGCUCAUUCGCCCUGGAGCUCCCAUCAGCGGUGGGUUUUCAGGCAUAAUGAUGCGGGACAGUCCACAGGGGGAGAGAUUUAAGACCGUUUCUGUUUCUUUGCCCACGCCUCCUGCCACGGACGUUUGCAGGCCUCAGAGGAAAACAACUAGUCGUACCCUGGACAACAGCGACCUACAUUCCUUCUCUGAUGACCUGAGGAAGGGGAAGGAGGGUCAGGGAGGAACAAUCCAGCGAGCUCCACCUCGUGACCGCAAGAUGCUCAAGUUCAUCAGUGGGAUUUUCACCAAAAGUGCAGCUGUGCCGCCUACUGUUAACACGGCAUGUACUCUCUAUCCAGCUGUGGAGAGGGGCUCAAGUGAAGAGGAAGGUGCAGUCACCAGCAGUCAAGAAUGGACCAUGAGCCAAACUGUACAAGAGCUUCACCUGGGUGUUCUGGGAGGUUUGUGCAGUGGGAAGUCUGCUCUGGUCCACAGACACCUGACAGGAAGUUACCUGCCGCUGGAAAACGCUGAGGGACGGCAGUAUAUCAAGGAUGUCCUAGUUGACGGACAGAGCCACCUUUUGAUUAUCAGAGAGGAGACAGAGCUGCCUGAAGCUCAGUUUGCGAGUUGGGUGGAUGCAGUAAUCUUAGUUUUCAGUCUGGAAAAUGAGGCCAGCUUCCUGGAAGUUUACAAAAUGUACCACCAGCUCGCCAUCCACCGGCCCAUCGCUGAGAUACCUUUCGUAGUAGUUGGCACUCAGGAUAAGAUCAGCAGCACCAACCCCAGAGUGAUCGAUGACGCCAGGGCCCGACAGCUGUGCUCAGAUGUGCGGCGCUGCACCUACUAUGAAACCUGUGCCACGUACGGCCUCAACGUGAACAGAGUCUUCACUGAUGCUGCUCAGAAAAUCAUGGCAGCCAAGAAACAAGCUGCUUUGCUGGCCUCCUGUAAAUCUCUCCCCAACUCUCCCAGUCAUUCUGGAGGCUCCACCCCAGUGUCAGGCGUCUUUCCAGGACAGGCCAGUAACGGUGGUCAGAGCAGCGAUUACUCCUCUUCACUGCCCUCCACUCCUGUCAUCAGCCAUAAGGAGAUCGGCAGGACAGCGAGGGGGGAGAAACAGGACAGUGGCACGCCAGGGACAGUCCGCAGCGCCACCCGAAGACGCACCUCUCGAUUUGCGGGUCGGAGGGGCAGCGACUCAAACAGGAGGAGUGCCGACUAUAAGGGCGAUCUGGGCAUUGGACGCUCCAUCCCCAUCAAACAGGGCAUCUUGCUGAAGCGCAGCGGGAGCUCGCUCAACAAAGAGUGGAAGAAGAAGUAUGUCACGCUGUCCAACAACGGCAUACUGUCCUAUCACUCCAGUGUCAAUGACUACAUGCUGAAUACCCCGGGGAAGGAGAUGGACCUGCUGAGAGUGACGGUGAAAGUGCCCGGAAAGCGACCACCUCGAGCUGUACCAGCCUGCGGCCCCCCAGCCGGGCUCAAUGGCCGGGUUAAAGACAUGCCUGGACCCGAGGUGCCUGUAAGUGCCAGCGGCCUCCUGCAAGUGGAGGAAAUGGAAGGGCUGGGCGGUGCGCUCUUCCUGAGGAGCAACAGAGGGGUGCAACGGUGUCCUUCCACUUUAUCCAACCCCGCUCAGAGUGUGGACUCUGCAGUCGAGGGAGUCUCCAGCUCCUCCUCCACCAAAGACGUAGGCUGUGCCUCCCCAGUGGCCGACAGGAAGAAGCACCGCAGGAAGAAGAGCAUGAACCAGAAAGGAGACGCUGCCACGGGCCAAGCUGACGCCAAGCGCAAAAUGUGGAAACUUAAAAGCUUUGGUAGCUUAAGAAACGUAAGCAAGACAGAUGAGGAUAACUUUGACUUCCUUAUCGUGUCGAGCACCGGCCAGACGUGGCACUUUGAAGCCCAGGGUGUGGAGGAGAGAGAUUCCUGGGUCCAGGCCAUCGAGAGCCAGAUCCUGGCCAGUCUGCAGCUGUGUGAGAGCAACAAAUACAAGGCUCGCAGGAACAGCCAGAGUGAAGCAGUGGCUCUGCAGGCGAUCCGCAACGCAAAGGGCAACAACUUCUGUGUGGACUGCGAUGCUCCGAAUCCGACCUGGGCCAGUCUGAACCUGGGAGCUCUCAUCUGCAUCGAGUGUUCGGGGAUCCACAGGAACCUGGGGACCCAUCUGACGCGUGUUCGCUCGCUCGACCUCGAUGACCUCCCCCGAGAGCUGACUCUGGUGCUCAGCGCCAUCGGCAACCACAUGGUGAACACUACGUGGGAGGCGCGCACACUGGGGCGACGCAAACCAGCUCCUGAUGCUUCACGAGAGGAGCGGGAGUCGUGGAUCAGAGCCAAGUAUGAGCAGAAACUGUUUGUGGCACCGUUGCCUCCUCCCACUCCCGGAGAGGGCCCAGACAUCACGCUAUCUGGCCGCCUUCUGCUGGCAGUGAUGGAGCACAACCUCCCAAAGCUGCUGCUCCUCUUGGCUCACUGCACGAAGGAGGACAUUAACGCACCGCUCAGUCUGGCCCUCUCCUCCAGGGCGCUCUUGGCGCUGCGACUGCCCGGCUCGGCCCUGCACGCCGCCUGUCAGCACGCCGAUGUGGUGAUGACGCAGCUCCUCGUCUGGUACGGCUGUGAUUUGCGGUACCGAGACGCUCAGGGCCUGACGGCGUUGGCUCUGGCUCGCAGCGCUGGCAGCCAGGAGUGUGUCGACAUCCUGCUCCAGUAUGGAUGCCCAAACGAACCGGUCCCUUCCAUCGCCACAACGGUCGGCUUCGCAGCAUCCACCACAUCCAGCUUCCCUGUUGCCAUGGCGCCCAGCCUGACGGUUGCCACGACGCUCAAGAUCUCCCACAGGAGCAGCGGCACCAGUUUGAGCUACAGCACGUCUAGAAGAGCAGUGUCAUAA